UAUUAGAAAUACCAGCCUUGUUUUCUGUUUUCUACACCCACUGGAAACACACUAUUUGCACUUUUGCAGAGAGAAAGAGAGACUGAGAGGAAGGUGGUUUUUCAAAUUAAUUUCUGCCAUGAGAGGCGGUGGUGGUGGUACUGAGAUAAUUUUUGUUCCGGAAGAUGAACUUCGCUGCAAUGUAAGAUGUAACGAUUGGCGGUGUAAGAAUUGGAGGAUUCAUGGAAAGGCAACUUGUCAAUACCACUAUCUUAGACGUUUUGAAAUGGAAAUGGCAAAGAAGAAGAAGAAGAAGGAGUUGAUGUUAAAAUCUCAACAGUUGAGUGGGAAAAAUUGUUUGGAUUUGGUUACUGUCAUAGCAGAUGAAGAAGAAGAAGAAGAGGGUAGAUUGAAAAGAAAUAAGGGUUUUAUGCAAGGAAAUAGAGAAAUUGUUGAACAGAGUGAGGAAAAACUGAAGGUUUAUAGUUUGACAGAGGAAAGGAGUAGAAGAGGAAACGAUUUAGGCAGGUUCGUUACUGUUAAAUCAGAGAAGAAAGAGGAUGAAUCGAAAAGUAAUAAGGGUUUUAUGGAAGGAGAUGGAGAAAUUGUCAAACAGGGUGAGGAGGCAUUGAAGGUUUAUAGCUUGACAGGGAAAAGGAGUAGAAGAAGAACAGAUUUGAGUGGGUUUGUUGCUGUUAAAUCAGAGGAAGAAGAUAAAGAGAUUGUGAAACAGAGUGAGGAAAAAUGGAAUGUUUAUAGAAGAAGAAGAACGGAUUUUAGUGGGUUUGUUACUGUUAAAUCAGAGAAAGAAGAAGAUGAACCGAAAAGUAGUAAGGGUUUUAUGAAAGGAGAUAGAGAAAUCGUGAAAUUGAAUACUUAUAGUUUGCCUCAGAAAAGGAGUAGAAAGAGAAAGGACUUUAGUGGGUUCGUUUCUGAUUAUGUAGAUGAAGAAGAAGAAGAAGAUGAAAAGAAAUGUAAAAUUGGUUCAAUGGAAGGAAAUAGAAAACCAGAGAAGAAAAAUAUUGAGUGUAAAGUCAAGAUUGAUGUGAUUGAGAAUAAAAAGAUGAAGAAAGAAGUAGAUAGUGAUAAUGAGAAAGAGUAUCAUCCUUACAGGAAGAAUUAUUUGAAGAUGAUUGAAAAGAAGAGAAGUAGAUAUGAUGAGGAGGAAGAAGAGGAGCAGAAUGAGAAUCUCAACAGUGUAAUUAAGAAGAUGAAGAUGAGGGGAAAGGGUGAAAUUCAUGAGAUUAAGGGUUUAGGAAAAAGACAGAAGGUGGAAUGCAUUGAUUUAGAAGAUUCAGAUGCAGGGCGGAGGGAGGAGAGAAAAGAGAAGGAUUGUGCUACUGGAACUGCAGCUACAAGUACAAGCAGAAGCAGAAGCAGAAGCAGAAGAAGACCACCUCCACAAUCUUCUUCUUGUUCUUUACAAAGGGUUUCAAAGGAUGAGCGAAGAAAGAUGUCUGUGGCAAUACCAAAGAAGAACAAGGGGAAAGAAGAGGAGUUGUUCUUAAGAUGUCACCAAUGUAUUGGUAUGAAAUGCAAAGGGGAAAUUGUUUGUUGCAAAAACUGUAAAGCUAAACAGUAUUGUUUGGCGUGCAUUCGUCGUUGGUAUCCUCGGCAUACAGCUGAAUCCAUUGCAGAGUCUUGCCCAUUUUGUCGUGGAAGCUGCAAUUGCAAGCCAUGCUUGCGUUUGUGCAAAGUGUCUAAGAAUUUGAAGAGCCAGGGAAUGAAGAUGGAGGCAGAAGAGAGACUUGAAUACUGUCAGUAUUUGUUACAUGCUCUUUUACCAGUCUUGAAUCGAAUCCACGAAGACCAAGCAAUGGAAAAGGAGCUCGAGGCGAAGAUUCAAGGAAUAUCACUUUCGGAGUUGGACAUAGAACAGACUAUUUGUUACCCGGACGAACGUUUCUACUGCAACAACUGCAAAACUUCGAUCGUCGACCUCUACAGAAGCUGUUCAAAGUGUUCUUAUGAUCUAUGCCUAAGUUGUUGUCGGGAGAUACGUGACGGUUCUUUACAAAGAAGCGAGGAAGUAAUUAUGAAGUUUACUGACAGAGGGAAGCUUUAUCUACAUGGUGGGGCGCCUUUACCAGUUUUGGAGGAUGUUCCAGGGUCGUCAAGGGUUAAACGUGGUUCUGAAGCUAUUGCCGUGAAUGCACAGAAUCAUGUCAAACUAAAACCUAAGUGGAAAGCGGGGAGUAAUGGUAGUAUUCCUUGCUCAUCUGAAGAAGAGGAGGCGUGCGGUUCUGGUCAUUUAGAGCUAAAGUGCAUUCUUCCAGAAAAUUGGGUUUCGGAGUUGAAGCGUAGAGCUGAAGAAAUGGCACUGAAAUAUGAACUCUGGGAUAUGCUUGCAACUCGUACACAGCGGUGUUCCUGUUUCAACUCUGUUGGCAAUAUUGACUUGGACAAGAAUAAUUUGAGGAGGUCAGCUUAUCGUGAAGAUUCUGAUGACAAUUAUCUAUAUUGUCCAAUAGCCAGAGAAAUUCGGCAUGGGGACAUGCACCACUUUCAAAAACACUGGAUCAAAGGUGAACCUGUAAUUGUGCGGAACGUUGUGGAUUUUACAACUGGUUUGAGCUGGGAGCCAAUGGUUAUGUGGCGUGCACUCCGCAAAGUUAAUAAUUCCAAGAGUUCACCGUACUUGGCGCUGAAGGCCAUUGAUUGCCUGGAUUGGUGUGAGGUGGAGAUUAAUAUACACCAAUUUUUCAAAGGCUAUUCAGAAGGUCGAAGUCAUUUCAAUUCAUGGCCUGAGAUGCUAAAACUGAAGGACUGGCCGCCAUCUAAUUUAUUUGAGGAACUUUUGCCACGCCAUGGUGCUGAAUUCAUCAGUUCCUUGCCAUAUCAGGAGUAUACCAACCCGAAAAGUGGAUUUCUUAAUCUAGCUACAAAAUUGCCAGAGGAAGCCUUGAGGCCGGACUUGGGGCCAAAGACAUAUAUUGCAUAUGGGAAUGGCAAAGAACUUGGCCGUGGUGACUCUGUAACAAAACUUCACUGUGAUUUAUCUGAUGCGGUGAACAUUUUGAUGCAUACUGAGGAAGUCUCUCUUAAUGCGCGGCAAAUUUCUACUAUAGAGGCUUUGAAAAAGGUGCACAGGGCUCAAGAUGAAAAAGAACUUUUUCUAAAUCCUCUAAUGAAAAGGCAGGUUGAUGUCAAGCACUUGUCGUCAGCUGUCAGGAACGGUAACCCCGAGCCAGUAGCAACAAAAGUGAUGACUACUCAUGAAGAGUCAAUUUUUGAAGUAUGUAUUAAAACUGAAGUUCACAAUCUUGCUACACUGGAGGCAGCGGAUUCACAUCUCUUACAACCCACACAGUCGAAUAAAAGAGAUGUGUGUUUGGUACAUGCUACGCAUGAUGGUAACAUGCUGGAUGUCGGUGUUCAGAAUGUUGGAAGUCUUAUGGUUGCGGAAGCUAAAGCUCAAAUAGACGAAACACAUGGGGAAAUCAAGGUCAACGAAAACGACUAUAAGUGGGAUGAAGAACAGAAUAACAUUGAUGUCUGGGAGAAGAGUAAUGGUGGUGCUCUCUGGGAUAUCUUUCGUAGACAAGAUGUUCCAAAACUUCAGGAAUAUCUUAAAAAACACUCUAGAGAAUUCAGGAACAUUUAUUGUUCUCCAGUAGAGCAGGUGAUUCACCCGGUGCAUGACCAGACUUUUUAUCUGACUGCAAAGCAUAAGAGGAAACUCAAGGAGGAAUUUGGUAUUGAACCUUGGACUUUUGUACAAGAACUUGGGGAAGCAGUGUUCAUUCCAGCAGGCUGCCCGCAUCAAGUAAGAAAUCUCAAGUCGUGCAUAAAGGUUGCAGUCGAUUUUGUCUCCCCAGAAAAUGUUCAAGAGUGCGCCAGGUUGACUCAAGAAUUCCGCUUACUGCCUAAGAACCAUAGGGCCAAGGAAGACAAACUGGAGAUAAAGAAGAUGAUCCUCCACACUAUAAACAAAGUUGUGAAGGAUCUGGAAGAACAUAUGGUGAGAUCAUGAAACUGGCCAUGAUGAAGUAGGUCCGCAAGCUAGCCCACGCACAUGAAGUCGGUUUCAAUAUAGGCAUUCAUUUCAGUUGUACUUGAGCUAUGCCUUCCAGGUUACAGGACUCUGAAGAAAACUCAAACCUAUCUACAUCAAAAACAGAAUCCUCUCACAUUUGAAGCUGUCAUUGUGAAGCGAGGAACAAAUUGGUAAUUUGGCUACUGGUUUGGUGUUUUGGUUGUACACAGCUGCUGUGGAAAGGUGGCCAUCAAAUGGUGUAAAUAACUUGCAUACCACCACAAUAGUGUCAACAGUAGGCUCCCAAUCAAGUUCUUGUAAAUAUUUUCUUAGGUCAAGUUACAGUUUUCGUGAGAAAGUCUGUCUCUGCAGCAAAUCCUCCUGCUUGUUACUAACAAUUUUUCGUGGUAGUCGUGAGGUUAUGGGUGUUUUGUCACUAACAGUUUCUCAUUCCAGAUUUGAAUCCAAUACAUAGAGAAGUAGAAAGAUUGAUAGUGAAAAGAGGCAUAAUUUUGUACAUGAAUAUUUUCAGUCAGAGGCAAUGUAGACAGUGGA